AUGACCUUUGCGUCCGAAAUGCAAGUUUCAAAUAUCAAACCGAAACCGUACACCGAUCGAUUCAAAGCAUAUCGAAAGCUUCUGAAGCCAUAUUUUGGUUCAGAGAGGAUCGUUCGCCAGUAUACCCCGCUACAGGAGGUGGAAGUGCGUCGCUUCUUGUGGCGUGUUCUAAAAGACCAAAAAGGCCUCACGCAGCACAUCCAGACUGAGGCAGGAGCGGUUAUCCUCAGGAUAGCAUAUGGCUAUAGAGUUGAGCCACAUAGGCAGGAUCUGUUGGUGAAUCUUGCAAAUGUGUCCCUAGAGCAAUUCUCAGUUGCUUCGACACCUGGUACUUGGCUGGUAGAUAUAAUACCUGCAUUAAAAUACGUCCCGGCCUGGUUUCCGGGAGCUGGUUUCAAGCGAAACGCGCUGCAGUGGAGAAAAAACCUUGAGGACGUUGCGAAACUUCCAUACGCCCUUGUUCAGCAGCGGAUAGAAGAUGGCAAGUACGAGCCAUCUUUCCUCUCUGACCUCUUCAAAUCAAACGGCAUUCCAUCUUCUGGAUCGGAGGAGGAGCUAGUUGCUAGAUGGACAACUGCAUCGCUUUACGUCGCGGGUGCCGACACUACUGUGUCUUCAGUUGGAACAUUCUUCCUCGCAAUGGCAUUGAACCCGGAAGUUCAAAUUAAGGCGCAAAAAGAAAUUGACCGGGUGAUCGGACUUGGCCGACUCCCCACGGUAGAAGACCGCAAGCGUCUACCUUACAUCAAUGCGGUGGUACAGGAAGUUUUGCGUUGGCACCCUGUAGUGCCGAUGGGGGUCCCGCAUAUGUCGACAGUCGAUGACAUGUACGAUGGAUACUUUAUCCCCAAAGGAUCUCUUCUCAUGCCGAAUAUUUGGGGCAUGAUGCAUGAUCCCUCAUUGUAUCACGAUCCUAUGGCCUUCAAGCCAGAACGUUUCUUGGAGGCCGAUGGCCAAAGCCCUGAAUUAGAUCCGCAAAGCUUAGUAUUUGGGUUUGGGCGUCGCAUCUGUCCUGGCCGAAUUUUGGCAGAUAGUACAGUAUGGCUGAGCGUUGCAAAGUCUCUUGCAGUGUUUCAAAUCAGCAAACCUGUGGAGAACGGCGUGGAUGUGGAUGUUAAAGCGGAGUUCCAGCCUGGGGUUAUCAGUCACCCAGCUCCGUGCCAGUUGCAGGUCACGCCACGGAGUGAUGCGCAUGAGAAGUUGAUACUUUUGGUGGAGGAGGAGCACCCUUGGGAGCAGGGUGAUGGAUCCGAGCUUCAUAAAAUCCGAUCUUGA